AAAAAAAAAAAGAAAAAAAAGAAAAAGAAAAGAACAGGAAUUUGUAAGAUUGUUAAAAAACGAUUAGAAAAAAAAUACAAUAUCACAUGUGAAAAAAUCUAUGUAGACUCGACAGCGUUAACCAAUAACAAGACAAUAAAAUUAAACUCGAUUACGUGGCAAAUUAAAAGAGGUUAAAUUUAAAAUUUAAAAAACUGAGAAGUAGAGGAACCCAGCUCAGUAUCACUUAAACAAAAUUUAACAUAAAGGUCGAGAUUACAAAAGUAGCCUUUUGUUGGUUAGAAGGACAACGAAACGAGAAGAGACGGAAAGUGGGGAAAAAUUUUUGAAAAGGAGGGGUAAAUAAGGUAAAUUGGAGGUAGAAAUUGAGGAACCGGUCUCACGCGCGAGCUUACCGUAAGGUGAUAAUAAAAAUUGAAGAGCUGACAGCUUCGAGUCCACGAAGUGUCCUUUUCACUUUUUUGGUCAAAAACAGCAAACGCCAUUAAAACACGAUUAUUCAUUUAAUAUAAUUAUUAAUAACUGUUUUUUUUUUUGCCCUUUUUCUUUUUCUUUUUAAUUUUUUUUUUUUUUUUUCUUUUUUUUUUUUUUUGAUUUUCUGAUUUUUUUUUUGCCCUUACUCUGUGUUUCAAAUUUCCAUUUCAUCCCGCUCACUCCCAUUCCAACUUUACUAACCCACACUACGCUGUCUUUUUUUUUUCCCUCUCCGAUAUUAUUGUAUUGAUUCGACUUUUUCGAUCUUCAUCUCGAGCUCCAAUGGAGGUCUUGGAGCUUGGAAGAUAGAUUCAGGUUUUACUCAGAUGCAUUUGGAUGAUUUAAUCUUCUUUGAGACCUUCAAAUAUGAGAAAAGAAGAAAAUCAUAUCAGGGCUAAUAUUGGAGAAUUCUCUGGUAGAAUUACGCGUGCUCGGGCUGCUGCAUUUACUGCGUCAGCACAGCUGCCUCCAAAAGUUCCUGCACAUCAGCAGGAGAGGCAGGUUGUACGAGCUAAUCUGAAAAGAGCUGCUUCUGAAGAAAAUAGCUGCCAUUCUAUUGCUAAAUCGUCUCGACCAUGUAAAAGGAGGGCUGUGCUUCAGGAUGUCAGCAAUAUAGGCUGUGAACCUUUGUACUCAAAAUGUUUCAAUGCAACUAAAAUUGAGCCCAAUAGUCAUAAGCCGACAAUCAGAAACCGUCUCAAGAAGUCCAAAGGAGCCUCAUCAGUUGGUGUGGCUAACUCCAAGGUUCCUCUAGGUCUUAGAACCAAAGGAGCUUCAUCAGUUGGUGCAGCUUACUCCAAGCCUCUUGAUCUAAGAACUCAAGGUGUACAAGCAAAUGCCAAAUCAAAAGCUAAGUUGAAAGUUGAGCGUUCGAGUAAUUCUGAAGACCCCGAGACAUAUCAUCGGGUAGGUGGUAUAAAGGAAGAGGUUACAAGUGAUUUUCGGGAUGAUAAUUGGAGGUCUCAGAGUCAUUCAGAGUCUCAAAAUUUUCAAAAUAAAGAGAAAGUGUUGCUUCUGGGGACAAGAAGCAACCUGGACAUUACAGACAUUGAUUGUAAUGACAGAGAUGCUCAGCUGUGCACUGUCUAUGCGCAGGAUAUCUAUAACAAUUUACGUGUUGCUGAGCUAACCAGAAGACCACGUCCCAAUUUCAUGGAAACAGUGCAGACUGAUAUUACCCAAAGCAUGCGGGGUAUAUUGGUUGAUUGGCUUGUAGAGGUAUCGGAGGAAUACAAGUUAGUACCAGAUACACUCUACCUAACUGUUUUUUUCAUUGAUUGGUUUCUCUCCCAAAAUUACAUCGAGAGACAAAAGCUUCAACUGUUGGGUAUCUCUUGCAUGUUAAUUGCCUCGAAGUAUGAAGAAAUUUGUGCACCACGUGUUGAAGAUUUUUGUUUCAUCACUGACAGCACCUACACAAAAGAGGAGGUAUUGAAUAUGGAAGGUCAAAUAUUGAAGCAUAUGGGCUUUCAACUUUCUGCACCAACUGCAAAAUCUUUCCUCAGGAGAUAUGUUCGAGCUGCACAAACGACAUAUAAGACCCCUAGUCUUGAACUCGAGUGCCUUGCCAACUAUCUAGCCGAAUUAACACUGGUUGACUAUGGUUUCUUGAAUUUUCUUCCCUCAGUUAUAGCUGCAUCAGCUGUAUUUCUUUCCAAAUGGACGUUGGAUCAGUCGAGUCACCCAUGGAAUUCAACACUGGAAUAUUAUACCUCAUAUAAAGCAUCGGAUCUGAAACAAACUGUUGUUGCUUUACAAGAUUUACAGUUGAACACCAAUGGUUGUCCUCUCAGUUCGAUUCGUGUCAAGUAUCGGCAAGAAAAGUUCAAAGCUGUUGCAACUUUGUCUUCCCCAAAAUUACUUGAUACGCUAUUCUGAACCACAUGUUAGAUGAAGGCCAACCAUCCACAAAUUGCCAACAGUUUACAUAUAUACUUGAUAUAGAAGUUAGAGAUUCUCCCUGGAGUAAAUUUUUGUCAUUAACUCUACAUGUUUAAGCUUGAGGUCUAAUGUUAAUCCUUACCCUUUCCCAUUAACAUUCUUUCUCUUACAUUUUUUUUUGAAGCUUUCUGUUUAUAGUUCUGUGACUUUGGUCAUGUUCCUCCCCAAUUGAUCUUGUGCCGGGCAGAGAUUGACCGUUGAAUAUAUACAUUGACAGAAGGACGCUUUGUCUGUAAGACCAUGUGGAAUUGCCACCCAAGAUUUCUUUCAUGUAUUUACUGCUAAUCUUGUACUUUGGUUCACUUUGCCAAAGCUUGACCCGUCUGUUUUUGAGACCGGAAAUUUCUUAAUGAAUUCUACUACAAGACUUUGUCUCAUAGUUUUGCUCUCUCUAUGCACAGUUAGCUAAGUUUUGGCAGAAUUUUGGGCAUUGUAAUGGUGGUGUUAUAAUAAAUUGAUUGGUGUCUUAAUACA